AUGAGAGAAAUCAACUUGAUGAAGGACAAAACACUCAGUCUUUCAGAUCUUCUUCACGUCUUCUUCCCUGAAACUAAAGAAAUGGAAAUAUCCAGUGAUGAAUAUGAAGUGUUGUUCAUCUUUGAUGGUCUGGACGAGUGUCGUCUGUCUCUGGACUUUAAGAACCAGCAGCAUGAUCUCGUCCCCUCAGAGUGCGUCCAUCGAGUGACAGAGGUACGAGGCUUCAAUGAGACACAGAAGGAGGAAUACUUCAGGAAGAGGAUCAGUGAUCAGACCACUGUUCUUGAGAAGAUCUUGAGUCGAGCAGAGACUGCAGAGAUUCCCAAGACUCUCACUCAAAUGUACACACACUUCCUGAUCCUUCAGACCAACAUCAAACGUGAGAAGGAGUAUGAGGAGAAGGUGACAGAUGAAGACAUGAUCCUCAAACUGGGGAAACUGGCUUUCCAGCAGCUAGUGAAAGGAAACCUGAUCUUCUAUGAUGAAGACCUGAGAGAGUGUGGCAUUGAUGUGACAGAAGCAUCAGUUUAUUCAGGACUGUGCACUCAAAUCUUCAGAGAGGAGCUGGGCUUGUUUCAGGGGAAAGUGUUCUGCUUCGUUCAUCUAAGCCUGCAGGAACAUUUAGCAGCUCUAUAUGUGCACCACUCCUUUACAGUCAACAAAAUCAAUGCAUUUGAUGAAAUCAAACAAAGUCUGUUGUCUAAGAUUUUGAACCAGAUGAAGUAUAAUUCAUUAUUGGAGCUGCAUCAGAGUGCUUUAGAAAUUGCCUUAAAGAGUAAGAAUGGACAUCUGGACCUUUUUCUGCGGUUUCUUCUGGGUCUCUCAGUGGAGUCCAAUCAGACUCUCUUAAGAAAACUACUGACACAGACAGGAAGCUGCUCCUACAACAAAGAGAAAACAGUUCAGUUCAUUAAACAGAAGAUCAGGGAGAAUCACUCUUCAGAGAAAUCCAUCAAUCUGUUUCACUGUCUGAAUGAACUGGGUGAUGAUUCACUGAUGCAGGAGAUCCAGGGUUAUCUGAAAUCUGGAAAAAUAAGAGAAAUCAAACUCUCCUCUUCACAGUGGUCAGCUCUGGUUUAUGUGUUGCUGACAUCAGAGCAGAAGAUGGAUAUUUUUGAUCUAAAACAGUUUAUUGGAGAACAACACACAGGAGAUGAAGUUCUUCAGUAUCUGUUACCUGUGGUUAAAGAAUGCAGAUCAGUUCGUGGGUACACACACCUCCCAGUGCUGGACACCCAGGUGUACGGUAUCCCGGAUGACGUAGUCAGUGACCGAGGAACACAGUUUACUUCCCAGUACGCCCAGAAUUCACUUAACCAAUCAUCUACAGGUCUCACCCCCUUCCUGUGGUUCCAACCUCCUCUGUUCCUGUGGUCUGGUGAAUCCUCCUCAGUCCCUGCGGUGGACGACUGGAUUCGUCGGAGUGAGAAGGUGUGGGACAGUGCACAUGUCCGUAUCCAGCAGGCCAUUAGAACACAGGAAAUACAGGCCAACAGACAACAUCUUACACACCCUCCCUACCAACCAGUGAUCCACCCAGAUGCUGACCCCAGCCUUGAGGCCCCAGAACCACCACCACAUCUAGAUAUUGAUGGGCUCCCACUUAUCAGGUGA